UUUUAUUUACGCAGCAGCACUUUAACAGUAGUAAAUACUUAUUUUUUUAGUUUUCUUCUUGAAAUACAGCAAAGAAAAUCAAAUUAUGGAAAUCAUUAGAGGUAGUUUAGAUGACAUUUCUCGACCUGCAUCGAGUGAGCAAACAGGUAGCCGUGUGUCCAGUGUGUCAUUGCCUCAUAAUGACAGAAUUUGUCCUACAACUCCACGCAACAGCAACGCCCUCGUUGUUUUGACCAACGAUGCUCCUGAUAUUCAGAUCCAGAGCAGCUCUGAUGAAACAAUCAACUCCUCAGCCAGAGGUCCUGACAAAGGUCAGAGUCACGUUGAUGUUACUGAUGAAGAGGAGGAAGAAUCCAAACUGCAGAGAGCCAUCGAGAACAUGAGACGACUCGAUGAAAUACUGUCUGCAAAGAUCUGUAUUGUAAAAGAAGUCAAACGUCAAAGGAAAGAGCUUCAAGCAAAACUCUGGCAAGAGCUCCUGCAGAAUAAGCCUGAAGGUCACUCUGAAUGUGCCCGAGAAGCCAUGAACACAAGGUUGUUUUUGGCUCUGGAAGCGUCCACCGUGACAGAAGAGGAGGACGACUUUGUGCCUGUGUUUGAAACUCAGGUUCCUGAUUGUGAACACGAAAGAAGGAAAAGCCAGUACUUGGAGCGAGGUGAAAGGAGGCCAGACAGCUCGAGAGGAUCACUUGAACUGGUCCAUGAGGAGACUGAGGAAGAGCAAUUUGAAGGUAGCCGCUGUGGAGCUUCCAAAGGCAAGAAAAGACAGAAGGACUUUGUCAAGAGAAACAUCGAGCAAGUAAGUUCUGAGGGGGAGCACGUGCCUUUGACUCAGGCAGAGAAAGAGCGUCUGGCUGAGCUCCUCCGAGAAGUAGACGAAGAGGAAGAGGACAGUGCCAGAGGUGCAGACGACGAGGAGGACAUGUGGGCUGUGUCAGUCCUGACAGGCCAGGGUUACACCCCAGAGCCCUCUGACCUGGAGCAGCUGAUUGACAUCAACUCCAAAAUCCGUUUUCUCCUUCCUGUCGAAGAAUUUCUCUCGGUGCAAAGCUCAUACACAAACCUGAGCGUGUCCCAGGGCCGUGGCUCGGAGAUUGGCUGGAAGUGCGAUGGGGACCCGCAGCCAGGAGAGAAGGUCCUGCAGGAUAUAAAGGAGAGGAGAGGGCAGGAGAGACGGCUCCAAGAGAUCCAACAGCAGCUGGAGAUACUGGGCCGGGGCCAGGAGAUGACUAACGAGUCACCAGAUCUCACUGAGGAGCAGUUACUUCGUCUGUUGGAGGAAUGCAAGCUCACAGAGAGUGGCACCCAAUAUCUUGAGAUGAUUGACAGCGCCACAAGACCCUCAAAAUGACUGAGAUGACCCUGACCCAUCUGAAGCCCUGUUAUCAGAGAGUCUAUUAGGAUGCAUCAUUGCCGGGAUGUAUCUAUCAGGUUCAUAGGGGGCUGUAAGAGAAACUAACUGGAACCUAAACAUACUUUAUGACCAGAAUUUGUCACUUUCACAAUAGACAUUUUAAACUCACAAACUCCUCGUGAUUAUUUAGGACACUGUAAAGCUUUUCGAUUUAUGUAGAUGUAACUAAACUGUCUUUUAUAUGUGCAUCGUCCACCAUGUAUCAGUAUUGAAAAAAUAAAGUUCUAACUUUUGGUUA